AUGUCGCAACAAUCGCAUCCUACGGGUACAUUGGCGAACCUGCCUCAACCGCCCUCCAAUCCGGACACUCCGUCUGAGACGCCUGGCACCCCGACCAGCACCACCACCUCACUUUCCACCCUGUCCACAACCGCCAUCAAGGACGGCCACCGCGGCCAUGUCCAUCAUGGUAGCGGACCACAUACAAGCAACCGCUUCAGCGGCGACUACACCCGAAACCCGCCUUCCAAUCCUGAAGCCGAGCGCAACGAUCGCAUAAGCCGUCUCCCGGGCAUGAUGUCCGCCCUCCGCGGUGUACAGUCUCCCGGCUCUGCCGGCACUCCUCAAUCAGCCAUGAACAACCUCUCAUAUGGCCAGUCUUUAUAUUACCAGCAACAACAACAGAGCCAACAGAACAACCCCAAUGUCCCGGUAACACCAGCCUACUUUGACGCCGCAGGCCAGCCCAGAGCUGCCACCAAAAUGUCCACGGUCGGCUCCGCCUCGGCCACCGACUCGGCAUACGAGGGCACCACCACCGCAUCGCUUUCGGCUACCUCGCAGGCCGGAACCAACACCGAGACUGCCCCCGACCUCGAUGGCGGCGAUGACCAGAGCAUGACCAUGAACCUCGAUCCCCGUGAUAACGAUACAGACAUGGGCAUGCCGACGACUAGUCCUCCGGCCAGUGGGUACGCCACGGGCCCCGACACCAUGAUGGAUGAUGACGAGGAGAGACUCGCUACUAGGAGUGUGGGCACCUUUGAUGACAGGAUGAGCGACUACGAUGAUGGCCGGGAGAGCUUGGUGGGCUUCGGAGAGGGUGCGGGCAGUACGGUUAGUGGACCGAUAUACCACCGACGUCCGUUGCCGGGACAGAUUUCCGGUGGUCCUUCGGGAUGGGGACUGGAGAGAAGCAGUUCCGGAUUGUCCGACAUGCUUGCCGGCGGCGGCGGUCCGCCUCCCACGAGCAGUGGCAGCGUUGGCAGAGGAGGAGUCAGUGGCGGCGGAAGGGACGUGAUCCGCGACAUCAUCCGUCGCGAAGGGGGUAUGCUCCAGGACCGCGAAUACAGCGGCGGUAGUGGUGGUAACGACUCCAUGCCCGCCAGCAGCCAGUCGGCGACGGUGUCUAAUGAGCGCCGUGAUGCCAGAAUGGUUGAUGGCGUCGCCUUUGACGGCGAUCACAACUCGGCUGCUACUGCUUCUCUUGCCCGCUUCCGGAGCCAGUUUCCGCCGAUGGACGAGGACUUUGUCGAUACCACGGCUACCGGCCCCUUGCCGCUUCCGCAGAAUUAUUCGCCUACCUCGGCUGGCCGUCAUCAAAACCGCGAGGAGAGACCGAGGUCGAAUCAGCAGCAGCAUAAUCCGUAUCCGUUCCAGCAGUAUCAACAUCAUCAGCAACAGCAGCAGCAGCAGCACAGCCGGACUUAUUCGGAGUUUCAGCUGAGGCCGAUGGAUGCGUCGUUACCGAUUACGCCGCCGACGGGUGAAGCAGAUCCGAGGGAGACAGCGGAAAGAAUGUUGAAGGAUAAUGUGACUGGCCACGAUUGGAAGAAUGUUUGA